AGGUGCACAACACAUGAGAGAUAAAAGCCACAUAUAGCUAUAACAUAGGAGUUAAGACACCCCAUUUCUUCUCUCUUCCAUAAACAAAGCUCAAACAAAAAAAAAACAAAAAAAAAAACAGAGUCCAGUGGAGAGAGAAAACUGAAAUAGAGAGAGUUUUUUUUUGUUUGUUUGAAAAUGAAGCUAUCCACAAAACCCAUAUCGAGUCCGGGUCGGACUGAGAAGUUCCCACCACCAUUGAUGAGGUUUCUGAGGACCAAUGUGGGGAGCAGAAGCAGAGGCAGGGCACGUUCAAGCCCAAUGUUUGUUCGCAACAAAAGGAACUCCAACGCUGCCAUUGAAACUCAAGAACCAACUUCUCCAAAAGUCACAUGCAUGGGCCAAGUCCGGGUCCGCCGCUCCUCCAACAAACAACCCUGCAAGGCUCGGAACCGCCGUGUCGGAGCCAAGACAAGACGCAGGUGCAAAUGGCUCCAAAAUGCUCUGUUAUGCCGCCAUAUUGCCUUGAAUAGGAAAACCAGGUGUUGCGGGCCGGCUUGGCGCAAGUGGGUCUUGUUUUUUCAAGUGGGUUUUCGACGAAAAGGCGAAACUCGACAAGAUUCACCAAAAUCUGAACAGAAAUUUGGGAAUAAAAUUGAAUUUUCAGAGCGAGAAGAUGGGGAAGAGGAAGAACAAGAACAAGAAGAUCUUGAAAAAGAAGUUCUAGCUAAGGUCUUUGUGUCUAAUUCAUGUUCACCACCAAAGAAUGCUUUUUUGUUAACUAGGUGCAGAUCUGCUCCGUACAGAUCUUCAUCUCUGGCCAGUAGAUUCUGGGAAUCACCGCUCGGGACAGAGGAAAUAGAGGAACAGAGGAAAAGAACAGAGCAAGAAAACAACAGAGACGAGGAACAUGCGGAGCAUACAGCGAAACCCACAUCGGCAAGCGAGUCAAUUUCGGAUCAAGAAUCGAGGAUAGCUCCCGAAACCGAGAAAAAGUUGGAGUUUUUGAAAGAAUUCGAAGGUUCAAUUAAAGAAGGAUUCCUCAGCUCCUCAAACGUUGAAGAAUUGAAAGCUGUAGAUGUCUCUGUAGGGCCUCUUAUACUCACAAGGUGUAAAUCAGAACCAGCAAGAACCGGAGAGAAGCUUGUUCCAGAAUAUAAUUUCUGGAAAAGAAGAAGGUUGGGUCUCACUAGUUCAAACUCACAACCUGUUUUGUGAUUAAAUCCAUUAUUAUAAUCUCUACCCCUUUUUAUUUUUAUUUUUUUACUGAAUUGAAAAUAUUUUUGGGCAGCUGAAUUGAAUUGUUUUUUUUUUUUUUUAUA